AUGUUCUCCGUCAAACGCUUCGAUGCUUUCAGCUCGUCAUCGCCGUCAGGGAGCAAAGAUGACCGUGCGGAUACAGCCAAGCUCGACGCUCUCAAUGAGCGCAUCUCGAAGAAACGCAAAGUGGUGCAAAGCGGCGAAGCAUCCGGCUUGCAACCGAGCCUUCCCGGCGCAUCGUCAACUUCAAUAAGACCCACUGCCACUGCGGCGGGACCAGCUGCUCCUGCAGCACGGCCCGCCCUCAACAUCCACCCUUCUCGCCUCAACAAUGCUCCAUUACUCCGUCAAUCUGUCAAAAAGGCACAGACGGGCCCCAGAGAAAAGACAAAGGCCAAGCAGAGAUAUCUCAAAGCCAAGAAGGAUCGUCGCAAGGCACGACUGCGUGCCGCACCCAAAAAGUCAAAGGCCGACGCGGACGGCGCGCAAGCAACAGCAGACAAUUCGAUCGUCUCUCAAUUACCGGAAGAGGAAGCAUUGCAUCGCCGAGAGGCAGCGCGGAAGAAGGAAGCGCGACCAUCGCAGCAGCCCAUAGCAUCCGAAAUCGAUUCAAUGUCUUCCGCAGACUCCGAUACGGAGUCUAGCGAGGAGUCAAGUUCGGACUCUGACAAAGAAGAUGCCGAAUCAGCUUCGCCUUCGACUCCCGAAGCUACAGCUCCGGAGGUAGCGACAGACACCGAAGUCAUGGAUGUUGAUGGAGAAGCUCCGACAGAGGAGAAAGCGCUCGAGAGGUUCCCUCUUGCGGGUAUCAAGAAGGCGGUCGAUCCUACUCUCAUCCGCUCCCUCGGUCUCCCAGAAGGGCUUUCGAACAGGACAGUCGUGGAUCCAACACUCUCUCGGCCGCUUCCUCAGCAGAACGGUAAAAAGCCCAAAUCUGUCAAGCCCUCAUCUUUGCAGUCUCUCGACGGAGGCGCUCUCAUCGACCAGGACACUGAGGAAGUCCUCUCGGACGACCAGGAAUCCGUCACCAUCUCCGCUCGCAGCAAUGCCAGCGAUGACUUUAGCAAGGUAUCUCUGAGUGAUGCUGUCCGCUCACGUCUCGAAGCACUCGGCGUCAGCGAAUGGUUUGCUGUCCAAGUAUCCGUCAUUCCAUGUCUCCUAGCGCAGCCGCAGAGUCGAUCUCUCUACCGCCCUUUUGCUCCUCCUCGGGAUCUCUGCGUUUCCGCGCCAACUGGAAGCGGAAAGACCCUUGCGUACAGCGUACCCAUCGUCGAGGUCCUGCGAGCGCGUCAGAUCGUUCGUCUGCGUGCGCUGAUCGUACUGCCAACGCGUGACCUUGUUUUCCAAGUUAGGACCACGUUGGAGCUCGUCGCGAAAGGGUCUGGCUUGAGGAUCGGCACUGCCACCGGACAACACAGCUUCGCACACGAGCAGACCCAACUCGUCGGGUCGAGCAGCGCGGGAAUCGAAGACGAGGAUAGCCAGCCGCUAGAGUCUAAAGUCGACAUCUUGAUCGCAACACCUGGUCGACUGAUCGACCACCUGGACUCGACUCCCGGAUUCACUCUUGCACAUUUGCGCUUCUUAGUCAUCGACGAAGCGGAUCGUCUGCUCAACCAGUCUUUCCAAGAAUGGCUCGGUCGCGUUCUUGCUGCUACGAACGGUGAUACCGACUCGAUGCAAGCACCCACAUCGCAGACGACAGCACAAGCUCCGUACGAGCUCCUCUCCUCCAGCGCUUCAGGGUUGGGAGCUGCAGCAUCAGCGACACUACAGGAGGAAGCAAGUCCGUCCGUACAAAAACUCCUGUUCUCAGCAACGCUGACUCGCGAUCCAGCCAAGAUCGCUGCUCUCGGUCUUCGCAAUCCACACUACAUCACUGUUCAAGAUAGUCACUCUGCUGGAGACGAACGCAACGAACGAAGAGACGGUGCACAGCAACACGAGCGCUUCUCGCUUCCACAUUCGCUGCAUGAACACAUGCUAGUCACAACGUCAGCAGAAAAACCUUUCCACCUACUCUACCUGCUUCAUCGUCCUGAUGAUGUCAACAACGAACUGAAACCCGUCCGCAAGGCGCUUUGCUUCACGAAGUCGGUCGACUCGGCUGCGAGACUCGUCAAGCUGUUCGACAUCUGUGAAGCUGUUCGAAGCGAGAACAGUCUCGUCGCUCGCGGAAGCAGGCCUUUGGUUUUCAAGAACUACUCCUCAGAGCUCAAGCCCUCCGAUCGACAACGGAUAUUGACAUCCUUCGAGCAAGGAGAGAUCGACUUGCUCAUUUGCUCGGAUCUCAUUUCGCGAGGUAUUGACUUGCCCUCCGUCGAACACGUCAUCUCGUACGAUGCCCCCAUCGAUCCAGCCAAGUACGUCCACCGUGUCGGCCGUACGGCUCGAGCAGGCAAACACGGCGACGCCUGGACCCUCGUCGAGGAGCAGGAGGCUCGCCACUUCAAAAAGAUGGUCCGCUCCAUCGCGCGUCAAACGCCCAUCGCAAAGAUCAAGCCCAAGGAGCUCAAGGAGGACGAGAUUGUGGACUUUGUCGAAGGUGAUCCCGUCAUUCGCGAACUGCACAAGCUCAGGGAGGCGUAUGAAGAGGCUCUUGGAAGGAUGGCUAAACUCUACCGCACACAGUGA